UCACAUCAUGAACCAAGAGCAGAUCAGUUCUGACUUUUCCUGGAAAGACAUUGUUAAUGCCUUGGCCCUGGCCAACAUGAUCCUGGGUCUCUUCUCCAUCUUCUGCAGCUUCAGCAGGAAAUCCCACUGUGCUUCCUGGAUGCUUCUGAUCAGCUUCCUGUUAGACAUUGCAAUAGGAACGAUGACCAAACACCUCAACAUCUGCCACAAACUGGGACUCGAGCUGAAUGACUUUGCUGUCUUCACCACCUUUGGCCUGGCCUCGGCUCUGCUCCUUGGUGUGGAUGGGCCUCUGAAUGGGUUCCUGGCCAUCAUCUAUGUGUUAACCACUUCUUUCCGCCUGUGUUUUUAUUCAACUGGAGGAAGUCCCUCUGGAUACAAGGGCCUACCCUGCCCCUAUGCUUCCUGUGUUUUGGCCUCCACCUGCCUUCUGACUAAAGGCAAUACAUUCAUCCUCUGCUGCAUGGCUUCACUCAUGAUUCUCUUCAUGAUUGACCAGAGCUGCUACCCACCCGAUGAGAUCCUAGACUCGGACCACUGGAAAAAAAUCGUUUACAUAGGAGGUGUUAUCCUGCUGUUUUUUUCUCCGUUCCCGCUCACCGCCUUUUACUGCCUGACUUGGUCCCUCUCCUAUAUCUUCUCCCCUGAAACCCUGUGGGGCAGAGGAGUUUGUAGUAAGCUCUAGCAAGAGGAAGCCAUAGCGUCACCACUCCUGCUGGCUCUGUGGGCUGCAGGCUUAGCAUGCUGGACCAAGACCUGCCUGUCUUCACUAAAGCUUUCAGAUGCCUGUGUUGUCAUAUGCUCGAUGCACUCUCUUCUGAAUCACAUCGACCCACCCUGGGCCCA